AUGUCGAAAGUCAUGGGCGGUCUUGCCUCCGAGACAGCCAUCCGUCCACCCCCACGGCUCCCGAACCUCCGACCUGCCCUUGCCGGAGCAGCAGCGCGCCCUGAUGCGUCUCGUGGCUGGUUCCGUCACGGUGUGCACGACAGCGGCCCCAGAUGCCUCCCACCCACCGCUGGGCCUGACCAUGUCGUCGCUCGCCUCGCUCAGCCUGAAGCCGACGCCAGCCGUCUCCUUCAACAUCGCCGUGCCGAGCCGCACCGAGGCAGCCAUACGGGAGACACGGCGCUUCGCGGUGCACAUACUAAGGGGUGA